UUCGUUUUUAUUUUUCCCUUUUCUCGUUUCGCUUUAGCUAUAAUUUGCUAACCAAAGAAGCAAUUCAAAGUUGUGUUCUUUCCUUUCUUUCUUUAAAGAUUGCCCAGUACAGGUUCUCUUCCUAUUGGGUCCUGUAAAAAGGAAUUCGAAAUCGAAAGUUCAAAUUCUUGUACUUUUUCCUUUUCUUUUUUUGCUGUUCAUAUUGGAAAGGGGAAUCUGAGAUGUUAUGGUUCCUAAAUAGUGUAUGUUUAGAUGAACUUUUGUUGAAAAAAUGAAGUCAGAUUUUCUUGAUAACAUGCCCUGGCUUAGAACCCAAACAAACAAAUUGAACAAUGAUGUGGUUUCAUCCAUCGAAUCCAAUAGUGACCUAUUAGUGGAUACCAAGCAAAAGGCUUCUUUUGAUGUAAAAUUUUGGAAAUGGUCCCUUAUAUCCUUCGUUCCAUGGGUGACUCCCCAUGCUAAAGAUACACCAACUACUAUAAAUAGAGGGCUGAGAAAGCGUUCCCUGCCUCGAGGGGGAGUUGACAAUGAGCUUCGGGGUGCCCCUUUGCGCUUUAAGCCGUAUGUGUCGAAGGUACCAUGGCAUACAGGCGUGAGAGCUUUUCUUUCUCAGCUAUUUCCCCGGUAUGGGCAUUAUUGUGGACCCAAUUGGUCAAGUGGGAAAGAUAAUGGAUCUCUUAUUUGGGACAAGCGACCGAUUGAUUGGUUGGAUUUUUGCUGCUACUGCCAUGAUAUUGGUUAUGACACUCAUGAUCAAGCUAAGUUACUGAAGGCUGACUUAGCGUUUCUUGAGUGUCUUGAGAGAAAAAAUAUGACUACUAAAGGAGAUGUUCAUGUUGCUCAUCUUUACAGGACAAUGUGCAUUACAGGUCUAAGGAAUUUACUAAUUCCUUACCGAACACACCUACUAAAGGUACAAUCAGCAAAACCGCUAAUUCAGUUUGGAUGGCUGAGUAAUGUAAGUUGGAAGAGUUGGAGCAUGCAGAAAUCCUGAUUACAGUUCUGUGCAAGAGAGUGAAAGUGUCAUAUAUUUGUUUGGCGACUUCUCAAAAAAGUCAUCUUGUAUAUAACUUUGUUUAUAGCAUGUUACAUUUAGUCUUCAGAGCUUAUUAAUAGAACCGUGCUAUGAGCAUUACUAAUGGCUAGUGUAAAUGUAAUUACAUAUAAAUGUACUGGGAUUUUCGUAUGUGUUUAUGUACAGAGAUAUUGGUAGGAAGAUUAGGAAGUUCGCAAAAUUAGCAAA